UAAGGGUGCACGUGACUUGACUAUUCGGACGCAGCACCAAAAUGGCGUAACCCUUAAUAGUGUGCCGUUGAGGAAAUAGUGUGCACAUUCGGACACAACCUGUAUCUUUGGUGGGAGGAGCUAACAUGUAUACCAAAGGGCAAGGUUUGAAGAUGUAAUACCUAACAAUUAAAGAAAAUGAGACUUGGCCAGUACCUACCUACAAACAUUAGCAUCGUAUAGUCUUGUGUAAAGGUGCUCGAUUCUCGGCUCGACAGGAAGGUCUUCCAACAUGAGAUUUAAAUUGGGAUUUAUUUUACGGGGUUUACUUCUCAUUCUUACGUUUCUUGUAUUAGCGGUGUUGUGGUCUUCAUUAACCAAACUGAGCGCCGGGAAUCACUUUGGAGCACGGGAUGAUGGAUUGCUUCCUCAAGGAGACCCAGCAGACCAUUUUAAGCCUAUUGUCCCCUGGCCACAUGUGGAAGGUAUUGAAGUUGACCUCAACUCAAUCGUACUGAAGCCGGGAGGGGGGCAACAUGUGCAAGUCCCCAAGCAGCAUCCCAGUCAGAAUCAGGCCAUCCAGCAACAGUAUGCAACGUUCACACCCCACUUUCACAAUUACAAUGCCCCCAUCCUUAAAAAAGGAGUUCUUGGAAACUUUGAACCUAAAGACGCUGAGCCACCAGGGGUCCCGGGUGGCCCAGGAGAGGGAGCCAAGCCACUUGUUCUGGGCCCAGAAUACAAAGAUGCAGUCCAUGCAUCCAUCAAAGAGUUUGGUUUCAACAUGGUUGCCAGUGACAUGAUAUCGCUGGACAGGACCAUUAAAGAUAUACGCCAUGAAGAGUGCAAGUACUGGCAUUAUGAUGAGAGACUGCUGACCUCCAGUGUGGUGAUAGUCUUCCAUAAUGAAGGCUGGUCUACCUUAAUGAGAACAAUCCACAGUGUCAUCAAGAGAACUCCCAGGAAAUACUUGGCUGAAAUUGUCAUGAUAGAUGACUUUAGCAACAAAGUCCACUUGAAGGAACGUUUGGAGAUUUACAUCAAGCAGUGGAAUGGUCUGGUGAAACUUUACAGAAAUGAAAAGAGAGAGGGUCUCAUCCAGGCACGAAGUAUUGGAGCCAAGAAGGCCACAAAGGGGCAGGUGCUAAUAUACUUGGAUGCUCACUGUGAGGUUGGAAUCAACUGGUAUGCUCCGUUGGUUGCUCCAAUUUCAGAGGACAGAACGGUGUCUACUGUUCCUUUGAUCGACACUAUCCAUGGAGAGAUGUUCACCAUUGAGACCCAGGGUGGAGGAGAUGCAGACGGCUUUGCAAGAGGAGCCUGGGACUGGAGCAUGCUGUGGAAGAGAGUUCCUCUGAACGACAGGGAAAAACAACGAAGAAAAACUCAUACUGAGCCAUAUAGGUCUCCAGCCAUGGCGGGGGGUCUCUUUGCUAUAGAGCGUGACUACUUCUUUGAACUGGGCCUAUAUGACCCCGGAUUGCAGAUAUGGGGAGGAGAAAAUUUUGAAAUAUCAUACAAGAUAUGGCAGUGUGGUGGCAAACUGCUCUUUGUCCCGUGCUCUCGUGUUGGGCAUAUAUACAGACUUAAAGGUUGGCAAGGCAAUCCUCCCCCAGCACAUGUUGGUUCCUCACCUACUCUGAAGAAUUAUGUUCGUGUUGUGGAGGUAUGGUGGGAUGAAUACAAGGACUACUUCUACGCCAGUCGUCCUGAAACGCUAAACCUUGCCUAUGGAGACAUAAGCGAGCUGAAACAAUUCAGGCAAGACCACCGGUGCAAGAGCUUCAAAUGGUUCAUGGAGGAAAUCGCUUAUGACAUUCCGUUGUACUAUCCUCUGCCCCCAAAAAAUGUUGAAUGGGGAGAGAUUCGGGGCUUUGAGACGAGUUACUGUAUUGACAGUAUGGGACACACAAAUGGAGGGAAUGUGGAAACUGGACCGUGCCACAGAAUGGGUGGCAAUCAGCUGUUCCGGAUCAAUGAAGCCAACCAGCUGAUGCAGUAUGACCAGUGUCUGACAAGAGGAAAUGAUAAGUCAGCUGUCAUCAUCACACAUUGUGGCCAGAACCAGUACUCUGAAUGGAAGUAUUUCAAGGAUCUCCAUCGCUUCACUCAUGUGCCAACAGGAAAAUGUUUAGAUCGCUCAGACCUCCUACACAAAGUGUUCAUAUCGGACUGUGACCCCAGUAAAACUACUCAAAGGUGGGAAAUGAACAACAUCGUGGCCGUAUAGAGACUGCUCAACUCGUACAAAUGAAACCGUUUGGACUACGCUGAAGAAAAUGCAUACGCACCAAUUAUAAAAUGCAUUCAUGCAUACUUUAACUCGGCUGAUGGUUGGGUCGUUUUAGAUCGGAGCCAUUCACUUGUCAGAAUGUGGCAAACCAAACCCCCACCCAACUCCAGCCCCCAUCCCACCACUAAUCAUAAAUUGACUUUGGGUAAUAGAAAAGUUACUAGCAAAGAAAACAUGCCAGCCUGUAAUGUUCUUUUAUGUCACUCUGCUUCAUGGUACUGUGUUUACACUGGGUUUCCCAUAAAAACAUUUUUUUUAAAAUCACUCGUGCUGUUUAAUGCACCCUCCGUUUUGAAAAGCAUGACUUGAGUCCGACAUUGUUCCAAGAAGAGAAACCAUCUUGGGUGCACUCCGAUCUUGUCUGAUAAGCAGGAUAUGCUCCAACUGACGAUCGGGCCAAUUUUGAGCCAUUGCCUUCAAGAUAAAAGUUAGCAAAAGCCUGAAUGUCUCUGAACUGUCCAGAGCAAUUCUUUUUAAGAUGGGGUUUGUUGAAAGUGAUUUUUCCUCCACGAUCUGCUCGAAAAAUAGUUUGUGGCGGACAGUCAUAAAUAAUACAACUUUUCAAUAUUAAGGAUUGGAAAUUCUUGCGUGAGCAACUGGUCGUGUUUAUUUUUUGUAGAACGCGUGUUCCAAGACCACUCCAAUAAAACAAAAGACAAGGAGUUUGCAACCAGAA